UACGCAAUACUUAAUUCUGUAUAUAUCAUUAUGAAGUGCUGAUAGAAAGGAAGGAGAUAAAGUAGUUUAGUAGUGACAGAUACUAAAGAUUGUUGUAUUUAGCGGUUUGAAGGAAAUAAGAAAGCAAUUUUUUUCACAAAAGGCACGUAGACUUCAACUGCAGAAAAAUGCCAGAUUUAUCUAGUAUAUCGCAUUACCCAUUAAAGAACAUUGAAUCAGAUGAACCAUUACAAUUUGCUCUCUUCAUAAACAUAUUGUCAAUAUUCUUCGACAUAGUGACUUUAUCUGUUUACUUUCCAAUUGGUCUAGCAUAUGCGUCUGAGAAGUUUAGUGCAGCGUUUAUGAUAAUAAACCUGAUCGUGCGUGUUGUCACGAGUAUAUAUCUAUUGCGGAUAGGACAAGCAAGAGGUGGAAGUCUUGCUACAAUGUUUACAUCCUGUCCUCCCAUGGGUAUAACUCGACAGGAUUACGAGGACAUAUCUCAAUCGGUACCUCAAAAUUCUGAUUUCGUUGGAAUCUAGAUUAUUUUUAUGGUACAUAUUGUAAGAACUUAUAAUGUUUACUCUUGGAUUUGUUUUUUGCAAGCGGAUCACUUAACAUAAGCUUAAAAAAUAAUAUUAUAAGUCUCAUAUGAUAUUAUAUUGGGUUGGCAAGAAAGUAAUUUCGGUUUUCUAGUG